AUGGCAUCCAAGGACAGGGAUAUCCUCCCGGACGUGGUCAAGCCUGUUCAUUACAAUGUGUCUUUGUUUGACCUUCAGUUCGGCGGCUCAUGGGGUUAUAAGGGUAUCGUCAAAAUCGAUUCCAAGGUCACCCGUCCCACAAAAUCAAUCGUGUUGAACUCCAAGGAGAUCGAAGUCCAGAAUGCUGAAGUUUUUGGAAAGGACGGGACCAAGCUGGCAAAGGCGUCUGAUGUCGCAUACGAUACCAAAUCGGAAAGAGUCACUUUUACCUUUGCAGAAGAAAUCCGUCCCGCAGAUGUUGUCCUGUCAAUCAAUUUCACCGGUAUUAUGAACAAUGCCAUGGCUGGAUUUUCCCGCUCCAAGUACAAGCCGGUGGUGGAACCAAGCGAAGAUACACCCAAGGAGGGAGAUUUCUAUUACAUGCUCAGUACCCAAUUCGAAUCUUGUGAUGCUCGUAGGGCAUUCCCUUGCUUCGAUGAGCCGAAUCUGAAGGCCACAUUCGACUUUGAGAUUGAGAUUCCCCGGGGACAAACGGCCCUUAGCAACAUGCCUAUCAAGUCCGAGAGGAGCGGCAGUAGGCCAGAACUCAAGAUGGUCUCUUUCGAAACUACACCGGUCAUGAGUACUUACCUUCUGGCAUGGGCAGUCGGUGAUUUUGAAUAUGUUGAGGCUAUGACUCAGCGCAAAUAUCAAGGCAAGAGCAUACCCGUUCGCGUGUAUACGACCAAGGGCCUCAAGGAGCAGGCUCGCUUUGCUUUGGAGUGUGCCCAUCGUACGGUCGAUUACUUCUCUGAGAUCUUUGAGAUCGAGUAUCCGUUGCCUAAGGCGGAUCUCCUUGCUGUCCACGAGUUUGCUAUGGGCGCCAUGGAGAACUGGGGACUUGUUACCUACCGAACGACUGCUGUACUUUUCGACGAGGGCAAGUCAGACACCAGGUACAAGAAUCGCAUUGCAUAUGUCGUCGCGCACGAAUUGGCGCACCAAUGGUUUGGAAACCUCGUAACGAUGGACUGGUGGAACGAAUUGUGGCUCAAUGAAGGCUUUGCAACAUGGGUUGGCUGGCUUGCUGUGGAUCAUUUCUAUCCAGAGUGGAAUAUAUGGUCUCAGUUUGUUGCUGAGAGUGUCCAACAAGCAUUCCAACUCGAUUCAUUAAGAGCUUCCCACCCGAUUGAGGUGCCUGUGAGGAACGCUCUUGAAGUAGAUCAAAUUUUUGAUCACAUCAGCUACCUCAAGGGAAGCUCGGUCAUUCGGAUGCUAAGCGACCAUCUUGGACGGGAAACAUUUUUGCGAGGUAAUGCUACCACUAAUGAUCUUUGGAGCGCUCUCAGCGAAGCGUCCAAUCAGGAUGUUACUAGCUUUAUGGAUCCAUGGAUUCGCAAGAUUGGCUUUCCUGUUGUCACCGUCACCGAGCAAGCCGGUCAGAUCAAUGUUCGUCAGAACCGCUUCUUGUCGACGGGUGAUGUUAAGCCCGAGGAAGAUGAGACGGCUUGGUGGAUUCCCCUUGGUGUAAAAUCAGGACCUAAGAUGGCCGACGUAAAGCCCGGUGCUCUCGUUUCCAAGGAAGCUACAAUCGGGGAACUCGGACAAGAUUCCUAUUACAAGCUGAACAAAGACCUGUCCGGCUUUUACCGAACCAAUUACCCUGCCGAUCGGCUGGCGAAACUCGCUCAAUCUCUGGAACUGCUGAGCACCGAGGAUAAGAUCGGAUUGAUUGGCGAUGCCGCUGCCCUGGCUGUUUCCGGGGACGGAUCAACUGCUGCUCUGUUGGCUCUCUUAGAGGGAUUUAAGGGCGAAAAGAAUUAUCUGGUCUGGUCCCAAAUCUCUUCCACCGUUGCGAACUUACGCUCUGUGUUCGCCCUAAAUGAGUCGGUAGCAGCGGGACUCAAGAAGUUUGCCCUCGAGCUCUCAUCCCCUGCCGCUAAUGAAAUCGGUUGGGAAUUUAGCUCGGAGGAUGACUACCUCACUGUCCAGCUUCGUAAGCUUCUAAUUGGGAUGGCUGGCCGUGCGGGCCACAAAGACAUAAUACCCGAGGCCAAACGACGAUUCGAGCUUUGGAAAACAGGCAACGACAAGAACGCUGUGCAUACCAACCUACGCUCAGUGAUCUUUAGUAUCGUAAUUUCGGAGGGCGGUUGUGAAGAAUACAACGCCGUAAAGCAAGAGUAUCUCAAGACCGACUCCGUUGACGGCAAGGAGAUUUGCCUAGGAGCCCUUGGGCGUACUAAAGAUGCUGAGCUGGUAAAGGAUUAUAUGGACUUUGUCUUCUCAGACAAGGUCGCAAUCCAAGAUGUUCAUAAUGGCGCGACUUCAAUGGCUACGAAUCCCUUGACUCGCCACCUUCUAUGGGAUUAUAUGAAAGAGAACUGGGCGGCAGUUGAAACUCGUUUGUCGGCGAACAAUGUCGUUUUCGAGCGGUUUGUGCGCAUGGGACUGUCCAAAUUCGCAGAUCACGAUAUUGCAGCCGAUAUUGCUUCGUUUUUCCGGGAGAAGGACACCGGUGCAUACGAUCGCGCCCUGGUAAUUGUUGCUGAUAGCAUCCGGACGAAUGCACGCUACAAGGAAAGAGAUGAGAAGCAGGUCUUGGAAUGGCUUCAGGCCCAUGGCUACGCCUGA